CCAGCCUCUGUCGGCAGCACGGACUGCUGCCGCCCACACGAGCCCAGCACCCCCUUCCCGCUCAUCCCCCGGCCAGCGACCCUCGGCCCGGCCCUGCGCCCUGUGCCCUCUUCUCCUGACCAACUUGGCCGCCACCUCAGAAGGCUGGAACAGGGACAACGUCGUUCCGGUCGCCUGCUCCCUUUGGGUCCCCGUGCGAGCCCACGCCGGCCCCCAAGCCCGCCCGCAGCCCUGCCCCUGGACACCGGAUAAGGCCCAGCGACCGGAGCCCCGGGUGGACAGCAUGGACCGCAGCGCGCUCCCCCUGGCCGUGGCCCUGCUGCUGGCCGUCUGCAGCCUCAGCCCCACAAGUCUUGCACAAACAGUCCACUGUGACCUACAGCCCGUGGACCUCGAGGUGACAUACUUCACAAGCCAGGUUUCUAACGGCUGCGUGGCUCAGGUCCCCAAUGCUACCAUCGAGGUUCACGUCCUCUUCAUGGAGUUCCCAAGGGAAAUGUCAGAGCUGAAGCUGACUGUCAACAUGUCCAAGCAGAACGGCAUCCAGCCCCGAGAGGUGCUCCUUGUCCUAGGUCUAAACCAGAGUGUCUUUCUGCAGCUGGAAGCCCCCGGAAUCCCGCUCCGCCUGGCCUCUGACCACAACCGCGUCUUCCAAGGGUCCCCAGGAGCCAACAACAUACCGCUGCCCAACUUCACCACCAAGAGCCAGAUCCUCGACUGGGCAGAUGCAAGAGGUGCCAUCAUCUCUGUUGCUGAGCUGCAUGACCCCCAAAACAUCAGCCUCCGCCUGGACCAAGUCCCGAAAUCACUGCCCUCCUGCAGUCCCGAACCCCACAAGGACAUGGGCGAUAUGCUCGAAUGGCAGCCACGCACUGGGGCCUUGGUCCGGGGCUGCCGCUUGGAAGGUGUGGCUGGCCACAAGGAGGCGCAUAUCCUGAGAGUCCUGCCGGGGCCCGAAGACCGGCCCCGGACAGUGAAUGUGAAGGUGGAGCUGAGCUGCACUUCGGGGGACCCCACCGUGCUCAUCCUGCAGGGUCCACCCUACUUGUCCUGGCUCAUCGAUGCCAACCACAACAUUCAGGUCUUGACCACCGGUAAUUAUUCCUUCAAGAUCUUUCCAGAGAAAAACAUCAGUGGCUUGGAGCUCCCAGAUACACGCGAAGGCCUGCUGGGGGAGGCCCAGAAGCUGAACGCCAGCGUGGUGGCAUCCUUCGUGGAGCUCCCUCUGGCCACCGCUGUCUCUCUCCGGGCCAGCAGCUGUGGCAGCGGGCCGCAGAGCUCACCCACACCUGCCCAGACCACCCCUCCCAAGGACAGCUGCGAUCAGAACCUGCUCAUGACCCUGUUCCAGCCCAAGUGCACCAAUGACACCAUGACUCUGGAGCUCAGGAAAGAUCUCAUCUCGGUGUGCACCAUCACCAGCCUGAGCUUCUUGGACCCCCGCUGCCAGGCUGAGGACGCAGGUGACCAGUUUGUCUUACACAGCACCUACUCCAACUGUGGCAUGCAAGUGACAGAAAAUGUGAUCAAUAAUGAGGUGAUCGUCAACCUCCUGUCAAGCCCAUCACCGAGGCAGAAAAAAGUGCAGUGUAUCAACACAGAAAGCCUCUCCUUCCAGCUGGGCCUCUACCUCACCCCGCAGUUCCUCCAGGCCUCCGACACCAUCGAGCUGGGGCAGCAGGGCUUUGUGCAGGUGAGCAUGUCUCCGUCAAUCCCUGAGCUCAUUCUCACGCUGGACAGCUGCCAGCUAGAUUUGGGGCCUGAGGCAGACACCGUGGAACUCAUCCAGCACCAGGCAGCCAAGGGCAGCUGUGUGAGCCUGCUGUCGCCAAGCCCUCGCGGCGACUUGCGCUUCAGCUUCCUCCUCCGUGGCUACAUGGUGCCCACCCCCAAGGCUGGCAUCCUCAACUGCUCCAUAUCCCUGAGUCUUGGGACUUGGUAUCAGAAAAUCCACAGGAUUGCCACCAUGCGCCUGAACGUCGUCAGCCCUGGCAUGUCUGGCAAAACACUCGUCCUGCCCGCUGUGCUGGGCAUCACCUUCGGCGCCUUCCUCAUCGGGGCCCUGCUCACCGCCGCGCUCUGGUAUAUCUACUCGCACACACGUCCCCCCAGCAAGCGGGAGCCCGUGGUGGCGGUGGCUGCCCCGGCCUCCUCAGAGAGCAGUAGCACCAACCACAGCAUCGGGAGCACCCAGAGCACCCCCUGCUCCACCAGCAGCAUGGCGUAGUGCCCAGCCUGGAGCCCUGGGGACCGCCCAGCCAGCCCUUGCCCAUCAGGAGAGACUGAGCAGCCACCCGCUGGAAACCCCUGGUCAUGAACUCACCCCGGGACCCAAACCCUCCCCUUCGACCAAGGACGGACCAUGCCCUCCGCCUCUUUCCCGGAGGCCUGCUGCCAGCGCGGGCACCAGCCUGGAACGCCUUGGGACCGCCCCAUCCCGCCCUGCAGAACCUUCAGACUCGGUGGGCCUGGGGUACAGCUGCCCAGGACCCCAGGGUGACAGAACACUGCCCUGUAUGUCCACGUUGUUAUAGAAACACAAGUCCCUGUUAUUCUGACCUGGAUCCAGCACUCGAUGACCUGGGCUGGGCCUGGAGGUGAGAACUCAAAACAGACUCUGCUCAGCCCACUCAGGCCAAAAGCGCCUCCGCCAUGACCGGCCGAGGACCACCGGGAUCUGAUCCCAGCAGCACAACUUUGGGGUCGGGGCGGGGGCACUGACGCCUAGGGAUGCCCAGCCUGGGAACAGGGGAGCCUAGCUCCUUCCUGCAACUGUCACAUGCGGACCCCCUCCCUCCUAGCCCGUCAGGAAGGCAGCAGAUAGGAGUGGCCAGGCUGCCUGACCUGGGCCCACCCCUAUAUACUCACCACCAAUAAAUCAGACCAUGAAA